AUAUAUCAAUCUUUAUAUUUUUUUUUUACCAAAAAUUUUGUUCAAAAUAUUUCAAACUUAUCCGCAAUAAAAUGGAUAAAAAGUCGUUUUAAGAUAUUUUGCAAGAUGACUUCGGCUCACGAUUUUAGAUUUUUAAUUGACAAGACGUGCAAUAAAUGGGAAAAGACUUUUUGGUCCACGAAUCUCGUCAUUUGUUCCUGCAUCGCUUCUAUGCUCAUUUGGUACUCGAUGUACUUGAGUUCGGACACACCGACCGUGAAUAUUGUUGAAAGUGUGCAAUAUCCGACUUAUAAGAUUCCGUUUCCGGCAGUGACGAUCUGUAAUGUCAACAAAAUCAGCAAGAAAGCUAUUUAUGCGAUGGCAAAAGAAUUGAAAAAUCCGAUUCCCAAUACAACUGUUAAUGACACAUUGGAUACUCUAAACCUCCUGCGAGGAUAUAUUGACUUCAAAACGGAUUUUGGCGAAAAUUUCGAGGACUUGGAUACCUUAUUGGCACACAACAACAUGAAAAUUCACCAAGUAAUGGAAAAACUAAUGCCUCUUUGCUCGGACAUGAUACAAAAAUGCUACUGGCGCGGCACUGAAGUGCGUUGCGAUGCCUUUUUCCAGGACACACUUACGUUUUUCGGUGCUUGUUGUUCCUUCAACUAUCUCGGACUCAAAUCAGCUAGUCAGCAUGAUAACUCAACCAGGACAAAAUCUUCAAUUUUGAACCAAGUCAAACUCGUUACAACCAGCGGACCCUCGGCAGGUCUCAUAGUUGUCUUAAAUCCGUUGUAUGACGAUUAUUUUUAUACGUCGUACCGCAUGACGGGAUUUCGUGUCAUCAUUCACGAUUCUUAUGACUUUCCGGGCACCAAUUCGCCGAAUAUUUUAAUUCAGGACAAUUAUGCGACGUAUCUCGGAGUUAUGCCUGAUUAUACGUACAGCAAAGAGGAAGUGCUCACGAAAGAAAUUUCACUGCGUAAAUGUUAUGACGAUUCAGAGGUGGAUUUGAACGUUAUGAGGAGGUACAGUUAUAAGAAUUGCAUGAACGAAUGCCGAAGAUUGAUUACCUACAAAUUAUGUGGGUGUGUUCCAUACAAUUAUCCGAGAAACGGAACGCUUCCCAUUUGUAAUGCGGUGGAGAACCAAUGUAUCAUGAAGAAUUACCAUUUAAUUAACGAAGCAGAACCACAACUCAACAUUUCCUUAGACUUCAUCCAUCACACUUACCAUGAAACAACAUGCAGAUGUCUGCCCGCAUGCAAGUACUUCACAUAUUCCGUGACUCCAACUCAAUCCAAAGUCCGGUUCAACCAAUCUGUUAGAAUGACGGAAUAUUUGUAA